AUGAGUCACAGAUUCUGCUCGGUCACCAGCUGCAGUAAUCACAGAAAAUAUAAUGCUCAUAUAUGUUACUCACUAGGUCAUCCAGAUGCUAUACAGCAAAAUAAAGGUCAUAGAAGGAAUGAUGGACAUCAAAAAGCUAUUACAGGGGAAAAGCCAUUGUCAUGUUUAGAGUGUGGGAAAUGUUUUACUUAUAAAUCAAAACUUGUUAGACAUCAAGGAACUCACAGAGGAGAAAAGCCAUUUUCAUGUUCAGAAUGUGGAAAAUGGUUUACUGAGAAAUCAAGUCUUCUUCUACAUCAAAGAACUCACACAGGAGAGAAGCUAUUUUCAUGCUCAGAAUGUAGAAAAUGUUUUACUCAGCAAUCACAUCUUGUUGCACAUCAAAGAACUCACACAGGGGAGAAGCCAUUUUUAUGUUCAGAAUGUGGAAAAUGUUUUACUAAUAAAUCGCAACUUGUUAAUCAUCAAAGAACUCACACAGGAGAGAAGCCAUUUUCAUGUGCAGAGUGUGGGAAAUCUUUUACUGACAAAUCAAGUCUUGUUAAUCAUCAAAGAACUCACACAGGGGAGAAGCCAUUUUCAUGUGCAGAGUGUGGAAAAUGUUUUACUUAUAAAUCAGAACUUGUUAGACAUCAAAGAACUCACACAGGAGAGAAGCCAUUUUCAUGUUCAGAAUGUGGAAAAUGUUUUACUCAGCAAUCACAACUUGUUAAACAUCAAAUAACUCACACAGGAGAGAAGCCAUUUUCAUGUUCAGAAUGUAGAAAAUGUUUUACUCAGAAAUCACAUCUUGUUAAACAUCAAAGAACUCACACAGGGGAGAAGCCAUUUUCAUGUGCAGAGUGUGGGAAAUGUUUUACUGAGAAAUCAAGUCUUGUUAACCAUAAACUAACUCACACAGGGGAGAAACCAUAUUCAUGUUCAGAAUGUGGGAAAUGUUUUUCUCGAAAAUCAAGACUUGUUAAACAUGAAAAAACUCACACAGAGGAGAAGCCAUUUUAAUGUGCAGAGUGUGGGAUAUGUUUUACUGUGAAAUCUGAUCUUCUUAAACAUGAAGAACUCACACAGGUGAGAAGGCAUUUUCAUGUGCAGAAUGUAGGAAAUGUUUUACUGAGAAAUCAAGUCUUUGUAAACAAACUCACACAGGGGUAAAACCCUAUUCAUGUUCAGAAUGUGGGAAAUGUUUUUCUCACAAAUCAAGUUUUAAACAUGAAAGAACUGUUCAAGACCUUGAGCCCCAAUGUAUUUCUAUUUAUUUAUUCAUUUAUUUUGUCACCUUGGGUAUAGGUGUCUUAAUUGGGCAGCCCAGGUCACAUGGUCGCUUGAGUGACAAGAGCCUCUCCAAAUCUGUUUUGUAAUAUUUAUAUUAAAAAUUUAAUGGAAAAAAAAAGUUUUUAUGUGUUGUAAAGUAAGCUAUUUCUAAC